CUAAAACACGGAAGCGCCUUACUUCGUAGAUCGAACGCUAUAAUCUCAUCUGUACGUAUUUUGUGCUUACUUACUGCUAGUGACUCCUCUGAAUGAUGAUAUUUGCGUCGUCAAUGUCCUUAUAGACAACAUUAUUCAAAUAAGCAGUAAACCGCUUUUAAUGAAAGAUGCCAGCUCGUAGCAUCGUGUCCAACGGUAUUCCCUCGACUAAGGUGAAGUACUCCAGGUUGUCCACUCAUGACGACGGAUAUAUUGAUUUACAGUUCAAGAGAAGCCCACCCAAAGUCCCAUACAAAGCCAUAGCACUCGCUGCAGUCCUCUUCCUAAUCGGCUCUGUGUUAAUCAUCAUUGGCUCUCUUCUUUUGGCUGGAUACUUUGGUGUUACUCACUCGGAUCGUACCAUUCCCGUCCUGAUCAUAGGAAUCCUUGUGUUUCUUCCUGGAAUUUACCACCUGCGAAUAGCUUACUGUGCAUCUAAAGGAUACCCGGGAUACUCUUAUGAUGAUAUCCCAAACUUUGAUGACUGAAGUGCUUAAUGCUUUUUUGAAGGCAUUUUUCUGAUGUAAAUCUGUAUUUGAAGAAUGCCUUUUAACUUAAUUGAUUAUUUGUUUAUUGUAUUAUAGAAUAAUCAUAUUGUACCCCCGCUGAUAGAAGACUAAUUUAGAUAUUGCCUGAUUUGUGCAUUUGUAUUAUUUCCCAUAGUAAACUCAGACACCUGCAAUUGGAUGUAUGAUUCAUUUUUGUGGAUUGCCUUUAUAUCAACCACAUUUUGGGGAAUUUGCCUUCUUUCUUAGUUUUUGUUGCGUGCCAGAGUCUCCAACCCUUUUUCUUAUGAGAGCUUAUUUUGCAAAAUAAAAUUGGCAGAGAGCUGUU